CCCUGUCGCCCCCUCCUCCCCCUUCCCGCCUCGUACGACAUGCCCGCAGCCUCCCGGGUGUGAUGGCGGCCCCCUUACAGCAAUCCGAGGCAGAGCGAGAAAGAAUUCGGGAUCUGUCUCGGUACUAUUGCACCGUCGAUCGCCCCGCCCUCCGACUGGAAGCCGCGGCAGAGGAGAGUCGCCACUCCGCCGAGAACGAAGUCCGCCUCUCCUCCGACAUCACCCUCACGGCCUUGGCCCAGCUGGCUGUCUUUCGCUUUUCCUGCAAUCGUGCCUUCAUCUCCAUUAUCGAUGGCGCCAACCAGUAUCUCAUCGCCGAGGCCACCAAGUCCGUGUCGCUGCGGGAUAAGGACCAGCAUGACCCCGACGAUGGCAUCUACCUCGGCGUGCGUACCCUCGACCUGAUCUGGGGGGUCUGCCCCCAUUCCAUCGCUCUCUUCACUGGCCAGGAUCCCUCCAAGAUGGUCGAUUCGCCCAAUCUCACCGCCAACACCUCGCGUUUCGUCGUCCGGGACUUCACCCAGGAGGACUUCUUCAAAGAUCGUCCCUACGUCCUUGGCUGGCCAUACUUCCGUUUCUACGCCGAGGUCCCCUUGUACAGUCCCGCCGGCCAUGUUCUCGGCUCCUUCUGUGUCAUCGACGAUAAGCCACGCGGCGAGUUUGGCGAUCGGGAGGUGGCCUCUCUACGGGAGGUCGCUGAUGCCGUUGCCCAGCACCUCGAGCAUGUCCGCAUCUCCCAUUCACAUCGCCGCGCCGAGAGUCUCGUCAAGGGCUUGACCAACUUCGUCAAGGAUCAUCCCGCCUUCGAUCCGACCGAUGUGCCCGGGCCCAGCAGCGGGGCCACGCUGGUUCCCAGCACUCAGCCCGUGCCCCCCGAACCCCUGUCGCUGGCCGAGGACAACCUCCCGGAGACUCCCGCUCAGUUGCAGUCGACCUCCUCCGAAAUGACGGGCGAUCUGACCUCCUUGUUCUCCGCGGUGACAUGCUCCGAAAUGACCGCCAUCUCCACCUCGGUCAAUGUGCCCGGACCCCGCCUCUUCACCGCCGUGCCGGCCGACGAACCCCUGCCGACCGAGGGCUCGGAGACGCGAGAUUCCAGUGUCGUCGUGUCCGACCAUACCGAGUUUCCCGCCGUAUCCGUCGUCGACCGCCAGGCCCGCUCCGAAAGCCUAAGCCGCAUCUUCACCCGGGCCAGUGUCACCCUGCGCGACUCGAUGGACCUGGAUGGGGUCGUGUUCCUGGACGCCAGUCGGUGUAACGCCGGAGUCAGUGUACGGCCCGGACAAACCGGGUCUUGGGAGCCCUUACCCACCACCGCCAAUCCCGAAUUCCUCGCCGAUCCGUAUCCCAGCCCGGUGGACCUCCCGGGCGUCGGGUCUCUGUCCAACAUCUCGGAGAAGCCGUGUGAGGUGCUUGGGUGCGCCCAGCAGCCGUCCGUCGGAGAGGCACACGGCGGGCUGCCCGUCACCGAGUCCCUUCUCAAUCAGAUGACCGCCGCCUUCCCCCAUGGCCAGUUCUUCAAUCUACAUGAAUGGUUCGACGCCGACGGGGAGGAGCCGCCCGCCAUGCGUUCCUCUCAUCUCAGGACGGGCGCCAAGUCACCCGCGGCGGAGUCGGAGGCCGAGACGCGGCACGAGAUCGCCCGCCGACUCCGCCAGCACUUGCCGGAGGCCUAUUGCGUGCUCUUCUACCCCUUGUGGGACUGGAACCGAUCGCGCUGGCUGGCGGGAACCCUCGUCUGGACGCAUGCCAGUGACCGCGCGCUGGGCGUGGACGAGCUACACUACUUCAAGGUGUUUGGUGAUUCUAUCAUCUCGGAGGUCGCCCGCUUGGACUGGGCCAGCACCCAGCAGUCCAAGUCGGACUUUAUCUCUUCUGUCAGCCAUGAGCUGCGGUCGCCCCUGCAUGGCAUCCUAGCCAGUGCGGAGUUGUUGCAGACCACCCCGCUGCAUUCGAGUCAGGCCCAUUGGAUGAACAUGGUCAAGAGCUGCGGUCUGACCCUGCUGGAUACCUUGAACCAUUUGCUGGACUUUGCCAAGAUCAACAACUUGACGACCACGGAAGACUCCAGCCCGGAUCCGUCCACGCCCAGUGUGACCAACCUCCUGUCCGUCUUCGACCUAGAUGAUCUCAUCGAAGAGGUCACCGAUGUUCAGUAUACGGGCCAGCGGUUGGCCCAAGCGGUGGCCCCCUUGACCGGACGUCCAGUGCAGGCCCCAUUGGCGCGGUCGGACGGGGAGCUGACGGUAGUGGUGCGCGUGCAGGAGCGCAACACCUGGCGGGUGCAGUCCGUGGCCGGCGCAUGGCGGCGCAUCGUGAUGAAUCUGCUUGGCAAUUCCUUAAAGUGGACCAAGUCGGGUUUCGUCGAGGUGUCCCUGUCCAAGGCCCGCCGCGAGUCCAACCCGCAUUCCGUCCUGGCCCAUCUGUCUGUCACCGACACCGGUUCGGGCAUUGCCCCGGAUUUCCUUCGGCACAAGCUAUUCUCCCCCUUUACCCAGGAAGACUCCCUAUCGGAAGGUUUGGGUCUGGGCUUUAGCAUUGUGCGCCAGCUGGUCGCCUCGUUGGAUGGUCACAUCGAUGUCCGGAGUGAGGUGGGCGUGGGCACCCAGGUCGAUAUCUAUAUCCCUGUGCAUCCCCUGCCGGACAGCCUUUCGCACGCGUCCCGCCGCCCGAGCCCGGAGGAUCUCGGCUCGCCCGCCCUUCCCGUAGCGGCCUGCCUGAUCGGGUUUGACGGCUAUCCGAACCCGCGGGAGAUUCCCACAGGCAUUUUGCCGGCCGAGGCCAAGCGCAAGCUGGCCAUCCGCAGCUCACUGACCUCGGUCCUUGUCCAUCAACCGGGUUGGACGCUGAUGCUGGCGGAGUCGCUCGACCACGCUCGGGGAGACGUGGCGGUAAUUGAGGAGAGCGAUCUGCAUACGACGUCCGGCGCCUGGGAACUGGCGAGGAAGGGAGGCUCCAAGUUCUUCAUCGUCUUAGAUAGCAACAAGCCGUCUCCGCCACUCGAAACGCUGGCUCCGAACAUGAUCCGGGUGUCCCAGCCGUUCGGUCCGCAAAAGUUCGACAACGCGAUUAAGCGAGUGCAGACCCUGUACCACGAAGCUCGACUGAAUCGCGUUCCAUUGCGGCCCUCUCCGACGCCGCUCCAACCUUCCCGACCCGCCUCCCCCGAGCUGUCGCAACGGGCGCCCGACUCGGCCCUGGACCUUGCCUCGCCGUGCCCGCCGCUCGACGCCGCUCAUUCGCACCCUCCCAGCAAAGCCCCCAAAGACAUCCACGUCCUCAUUGUGGAUGACAACGAUAUCAACCUGAAGAUCUUGGCCACGUUCAUUCGCAAAAUCGGCUGCAGCUACGACACUGCGUCCAACGGGCUCCUCGCCCUCAAUACCUAUAAGGCCUCCAGUCGACGCCACGAUCUCAUUUUGAUGGAUAUCUCGAUGCCGGUGAUGGACGGCAUCGUCUCGACGGGUCACAUCCGUCGGUACGAGAAGAAGAACGGACUCAUCCCCGCGCGUAUCAUCGCGGUGACCGGCUUGGGAUCGGCAGACCACCAGCAAGAGGCGGUCGCGGCCGGGGUGGAUGAGUACCUGGUGAAACCCGUGUCUCUGCAUGGGCUGCGAAAAGUGAUGCGAAUUUCAUGAUGACGACCCUUCACGAUACCUCUCUCCGGUCUGCAUACAUACCCCGUGGGAUCCUUGAUCCAACCCUGUGAUAUAUUUCCUUCUUCUGCAUACUUCAUAGUAGACAAAUGUAUAUACGAUUAUUUGCCUCAUC